GAUAGCGGCGCAUCAGCGAUUGAGGUGGAAAACAGGCCGUCUCUGGUUAACCUGAGGGAAAGGGCGAUUUUCGAUCCGACCAAGUACUUCGUGGAGGAGGUUGUGACAGGGGUGGAUGAGACCGACCUUUACCGCACAUGGAUCAAAGUAGUGGCUACCAGGAACACAUUAGAGCGCAGUGCUCGUCUCGAGAACAUGUGUUGGCGAAUCUGGCACCUCACUCGUAAGAAGAAGCGGUUGGAAUUGGAAGACAUCCAAAGGUUAGCAAAUAGGAGAUGGGAACGGGAACAAGGGCAUAAAGAUGUAAAAGAGGAUGACAUGUCUGAAAACUUGUCAGAAGGAGAUGUAUGUGGCGGGGAGACAAUUACACUUGAUAGUCCUAGAAAGAAGAUCCAACGAAACUUGUCCACUUUGGAAGCAUUAUCUGACUCUAAUAAGGAAAAGAAGUUGUAUAUUGUUCUUGUAAGUUUGCAUGGUUUAGUUCGUGGUGAAAAUAUGGAGCUUGGUCGUGAUUCUGAUACUGGUGGUCAGAUCAAAUACGUAGUGGAACUUGCUAAGGCACUUGCUAAAAUGCCUGAAGUAUACAGGGUGGAUUUGCUAACCCGUCAAGUUUCCUCGCCGGAAGUUGAUUCGAGCUAUGGUGAGCCUGCAGAAAUGUUGAAUAUUGGUUGUCCAUCAGAAGAAGGUGGUGAUAGUGAUGGUGGCGGCGAAAUUGGAGAAAGUGGUGGGGCAUAUAUUAUAAGAAUACCUUUCGGUCCUCGUGACAAAUACCUUAGGAAAGAGGUGUUGUGGCCUCACAUUCAGGAGUUUGUGGAUGGAGCUCUAACACACAUCUUGAAUAUGUCCAAGACAUUGGGUGAACAAAUUGGUCAUGAUGACGAGAAACAACAACCUAUUUGGCCGUACGUGAUUCAUGGUCAUUAUGCUGAUGCUGGGGACAGUGUUGCUCUUCUUUCCGGUGCUUUAAAUGUUCCCAUGGUUCUGACUGGACAUUCACUCGGAAGAAACAAGCUUGAGCAACUUUUGAAACAUGGAAGGCAGUCCAAAGAGGAUAUUAAUUCCACUUAUCGAAUAAUGCGGAGGAUUGAGGCAGAAGAGCUUUCUCUUGAUGCGGCUGAACUUGUUAUCACAAGCACUAGGCAGGAAAUUGAUGAACAAUGGGGACUAUAUGAUGGGUUUGAUGUCAAAAUCGAGAAAAUUUUGAGGGCUCGUGCAAGACGUGGAGUCAAUUGUCAUGGUCGUUAUAUGCCUAGGAUGGAGGUUAUUCCUCCCGGAAUGGACUUCGGCAACGUGGUUGUUCAAGAAGAGGCAACUGAAAUGGAUGUUGAACUUUCUUCACUUACUACCUCUGAUGGGUCAUCUCCUAAAGCAAUGCCUACUAUAUUUUCAGAGGUGAUGCGUUUUCUUGUAAAUCCACACAAGCCAAUGAUUCUUGCAUUGUCAAGGCCAGAUCCAAAAAAGAAUCUUACCACCUUGGUGAAAGCAUUUGGAGAAUGUCGUCCCUUACGAGAACUCGCUAAUCUUACUCUUAUAAUGGGAAAUAGGGAUGAUAUAGAUGAAAUGUCAGCUGGCAGUGCUAGUGUGCUCACAACAGUUCUUAAGCUAAUUGACAAGUAUGACCUCUAUGGACAAGUAGCCUUCCCAAAACAUCACAAGCAAAGUGAAGUCCCUGAUAUUUAUCGCCUUGCAGCCAAAACAAAGGGGGUGUUCAUAAACCCAGCUUUCAUUGAGCCUUUCGGACUUACACUAAUUGAGGCUGCAGCACAUGGACUCCCUCUGGUGGCAACUAAAAAUGGCGGCCCAGUUGAUAUUAUCCGGGUACUACAUAAUGGUGUGCUCGUUGACCCUCAUGAUCAUCAAGCAAUUGCCGAUGCCCUUCUAAAGCUAGUAUCAGAAAAGAACUUGUGGAUGGAGUAUCGCAAAAGAGGUUGGAAGAACAUACACCUCUUUUCAUGGCCGGAACAUUGUCGCACAUACUUGGCAAGGAUAGCCGCGUGUCGCAUGAGACACCCACAAUGGAAGACAAACACUCCGAUAGAGGAGUUGGCUGCAAAAGAAUCAUUGAAUGACUCACUCAAAGAUGUAAAGGACAUGUCCUUGAGAUUAUCAGCUGACGGUGAAAAAACUUUUUCACUUAAUGAAUAUCUUGAUACAAAAACUGAAGUCGUUGAUAGCCAAGAUCUACAAGACCAGGUUGAGCGAGUUCUUGGCAAAAUAAAGAAACCAAAUGUUGGAAUCACUCAUCAGAAUCACUAUGAAGUUGAAAGGAAAGACAAUAUGCUCAACAAAUAUCCGAUGUUGAGACAACUACAUAAAUUGAUUGUUUUAGCUCUGGACUGUUAUGACUCUAAGGGAAAUCCGGAAAUGAAAAUGAUUAGCAUCAUUCAAGAAGUCUUCAAAGCUAUUAAUAUUGAUUCGGAGAUUGCAAGAUUAUCGGGGUUUGCUAUAUCAACUGCCAUGCCGGUGUCAGAGUUGAUAGAAUUUCUGAAAUCAGGGAAUCUUAAAGUCACUCAUUUUGAUGUCUUAAUUUGUAGUAGUGGCAGUGAAGUUUAUUAUCCCAACACCAAUAACGAAAUUGAUGGAAAGCCCAUUCUGGAUCCUGAUUAUGCCACACAUAUUGAAUAUCGAUGGGGUGGUGAUGGUCUAAGGAAAACUCUUUGGAAACUAAUGAAUACAGAAGUUGAAAAUUCUGAAUCACUUACUUAUAUUGAAGAGAGUGUAAAUUCAAGAAGCAAUAUUCAUUGUUUGUCCUACUUGAUAAAGGACCUGAGUAAGGCAAAGAGAGUAGAUGACAUGAGACAGAAGCUGAGAAUGAGGGGCCUACGUUGCCAUCUGAUGUACUGCCGGAAUUCAACAAGGAUGCAAGUCAUUCCUCUUCUUGCUUCUCGGGCUCAAGCACUUAGGUACCUCUUUGUACGUUGGAGACUAAAUGUGGCCAAUAUGUACGUGAUUCUUGGGGAGACUGGAGACACAGACUAUGAGGAAUUGAUAGCCGGGACUCACAAAACCUUGAUAUUGAAGGGGGUCGUGGAGAAAGGAUCAGAGGAGUUAGUAAGAACAUUAGGAAGUUGCAUGCACAGAGAGGACAUAGUUCCGCAAGAAAGUUCCUUAGUUUCCCAUAUAAGGGGGGAUGCAAAGGCGGAAGAGAUUGCUAAUGCACUAAGACAACUUACUAGAUCUGCAACAGCUAUGUAAAGUCUUAGUCAUGCUUAAUUGAGAAAAUUGUGCAUCUAGUCUUGUAAUGUCUGUCACCCAUUAUUAGUUUUAUAGCUUUAUUAAUUCCCGAAGCAUAUCAUGACAUGUAACUAUUAUCGUUGCGCAUGCCAAAGAUAUUUAGAUAGUUAUCUUUUCUAUAUCAGCGUGACUU